AUGGAGGCCUCCUACACCAACUCCAGCGCCCCCAACAUCACGGCCGUGCCCUGGAGCCAGUUCCUUGGCUGCGAGGCGGACAUCUCCGGCUUCGUGUUCUAUUUUGGCGUGAAGGUUUUCAACUUUGCCAUCGGCCUGCCGGCCAACCUGGUGGUGAUGUGGCUAAUCCUGAGAAAGGCCAGCGACUCCUCCACUUCUGACAUCUUCAUCGUGAACCUCGCCGUCUUGGACGCCUGCUUCUGCGUCAUGACUCCUGUCGAGCUGCUUAACCGGUUGCUUCUCAACGAUGAGCGGAUUUGGUACGCCCAGAGGUUCUCCUAUGGGCUAAAAGACGUCACCCCGCUGUUCCUCACCUGCAUCUGUCUGGACCGCUACGUGGCCGUGGUGCACCCCAUCACCUUCACCAAGAUCAAAGACCGCAGUUACAGGGAAGUCUGUGCUGCGGCCGUGUGGGGUUUUACAAUAGCCUACUCCCUGACCAAGUCCAUCCUUGGGAUAGGUAGUAUAGUAGAGGCCUUCAGCAUUGUAAUUCUCACCUGCUUCACCAUAAUGGUCUUCUGCAACCUCUCCAUCCUGUGGGCCUUGAGGCGGUCAGUGUUAGGCAAGGAGGAGAUGCACCCCAUGAAGAAGAAGGCCUUCAAGAUGGUUCUAAACAUUCUGGCCAUUAUCGUGUUUAAUUAUCUCCCGCCUGUGGCUCUCUUCCCCUUCCAGUACCACUUCCCUGCUCAUGAUUUCAAGUGCUACAUCAGCGUUUUCCUCUUCUCCUUCAUGGAUCUCAGCUGCAGCAUUGAGCCAGUGCUCUACAUUUCUAAAAUGGACAAGCCAAACUCCUCAGGCAAGAUGUGCUGUUUUCCAAAGAAGCCCUAACCACUAGCCAAAACGCUCACGUGGUAGACACACUGUAAAGCAUUGAGACACCUGACAGCUGGAUCCAGCUGUGCAGCAUUGGUGCAUUCUUGGCUAACUGUGAUUGGUCCCUUCAACUGAUAACAAAGUGCCUUGAAAAUGAUCUGGAUUGAAAGAUGCUAUAGGAGAAAAAAUGUUGAUUGAUCGUUGGUUGAUAAUAAAGGAGAACCUUGGGACCUUCACAUUGUAGGCAUUAGUCUGCUCUCCAGCCCUGAAGCCACUCACAGGCCUGUU